UGAACAGAACCAAAUGUACCGUAGACACACACGACCAAGAGAGCAUCUCCUUCUUCCUUCUUAGGGCAUAUAUUAAAAAGAAAAAAAAAACAGGGCAUCACCUCAAAUCUUUACUCAAUCCCUUCGAAACCCUAGAAUUUGUGCUCCAAUUUUUUAUUUUUUUUUUAUAAGUAUCAGCUACGAGGGUUGGUUUCUUUGUUUUGUUUUCCCCCUCUAAUUUAUGGCCUUGAUACAAUACUUGAGCUCUUCAUUGAUUCUCGUCGGCGGUUAGUUACCAAAGUGUAAAUUACACUGGGACUGGGAAAGUUUUGUAGGUAGUAACAAAGUUGUGGAAUUUGAGAUGUUUAGUCAAGGGGGUUAUAAUCUUCAAUCUGGUCAAGGUACUCAGACACCCAGGCCACCUCCAUUUAUACAGCAUCCACCAGCUCUGCCUCCUUUACCUCAGAGUUUUCAACAAGGUCCGUUGCUGCCUUUACCUCAUGUUCUACCUCGCCCUGGUCAGCCUGGCCUGCCUAUAUAUCAGCAUGGACCUUUGGCCCCACAUCUUACAGUUAGGCAGGUUCGGCCUGGGUUGCCCAACACGGGUCAGCCUUAUUUUCCUCCACCGCCUACAGUUCAUGGAAGUGCCCGGAUGCCACAUGUUUACACAACUGCACCACCAAAUCCACAAGGAUCGCAACAUUCUUCUUAUUUAGCACCUGGACUCCCUCCUCCUCCUCCUCCUCCUCCUGGAUCUCAUCAUGUGGAAAUGUUACAGGCCCCAUUGCCUCCUAGAAGUUUUCCUCCUACACCUUCACAAGGCCCGAUUUUAUAUAGAGCUCCAUUUCAUCAGCUGCCUCAGCAGCCUGGUGGUGUGCAGGGUCUACAGCAAACACUACCACCCCCACCCCCCCUUCCUACUAUUUCAACUUCAUCUCUAUCGGGGAAUAUUUCAGAGGCAACUGCUGGAAACUCUCAAAUGUCAUCUAUGGUUCCCCCAUCAGUGCCACCUCCACCACUGCCAUCUUCUUCCCCACCUCCAAUUCCACCACCUUCACCACCUCGCGUUCUUUCUGCAGUGUCAGUAUCUGUGCCUCUUCCUGCUGGGUCCAACUUACCCAGUGGUUCUAAUCCACAAAGUAAUACACUUUUUGAUUAUAAAUCAGGCACUCUUGGUCCUGCAACUGAAGUCAGACGUCUCAAUCAGGCUGAGCAUAGUAUAUCUGUAUACAACUCUGUGAAUGAUGGAAGUCUAUCUUUGGAAGGCAAGAGUGGAAACGGGGUUAAUUAUCUAGGAGAAGAUGGUUUGUCAUCGAAGAGAAUUGUUUCAUCUGAUGUUCCUUGUCCACCUAAGCCAACAGAAGAAAAAAUUGUUCAGAAGAUUGAAGAGUUCUGCCAUCUAAUCUCUAAGAAUGGCCCUUCUUAUGAAGAAAGGGCUCGACUAAAGGAACCUGGGAAUCCAGAAUUCAAGUUUUUGUUUGGUGGCGAGCCAGGUAGUGAAGCUGCAGUUGCACAUGAGUAUUUUUUGUGGAUGAAGAGGCAGUGUCUUUUGGCAUGUAAAUCAGAUGGAAACCAGCCUGCAAAGUCGACCACUCAUUUGAUAGUCACAACUGAAAUCCAUUCCCCUGGCGAUUCUGAUAUGGAGAUGGAAGAUGAUAUCACCAGGUCUGAUGCUGACCCGGCAGUGAAUCAGCCUAUUGAAUGUCCAAGACAAGCUGCUGGUCCUGGUCAGCUAAGCAGUGAGUUUGAUGCAACAGAGCAGAUGCCCAAACUAGUGAGUUCAGGAUCUGAUGCAGCCACAAUGGUUUUAUCUGAAAGACCGGGUGAAGAAGGGUCAAAGCUAGUCUCCAGUUGUGACGGCUUGACAUUUGGGAGGUCAAUUUUGAAGGAUGAAAGCCCAGUCAUUAAUUCAACUGGUGAUACUGAACAUCCCUUUGCCAGCAACACAAUGGAAUCUUCUACCAUCUUAGCUGAGGAUAAUAGUUCAUCUAAGGCGGCAGCAGCUGUUGAAUUCGUGAAUUCUGACAGCUCUUCGGGUCAAGUUCUGAAAGGUAGUAGCCCAUUCAGACUCCUGCAAGACUAUGCUUCUAAUGACAGCUCAGAGAAUGAUGAGGAUCCACAUUUGAAAGAUGCCAAUCCUGAAACAAUUUCACCAUUAGUUGCAGUUGGCACUGAAAUUUUUUGUCAAGAUGCCGAACUUGGUUCGAAGGGGGAUAUUGGAUCUAAGAGUUCGUACAGCACUGAAAGGGAGUUUGGGUUGCUUUAUGAAUCUGGCAUGUUGUAUAGAUCCCUGGAAUCUUCCUCGUAUUCGCAGAGAGGGGUUAAGGAGACUGUCCCAGUAUCAACUGCCACUGGGUUGAGCCCCAAACUUGUUGAUAUUAAGUAUGAGAACCAAUCAUCUAUUGACCAUGCUGCUUCUUGCACGGCUCUCCCAAAAGAAGAUGCUUUGGGAGGUGCAGGGGGAAAUGUUGCUUUUAGUGAUAACCAUGAGGAUGAUGAAGAUAAAAACGCAAAAUUUACUUCAAAUGCACAGAAAAUAGAUAAAUUUGGAAGAUUGGUUAGAGAAGGUGCUAGUGACAGUGACUCUGACGAUUCUCCCCGUGCUUGUAGGCGUAAUAAGAGAGGGAGAAGCCGCAGCCGGUCACCUCUAGACAAGAGGAGGAAUCGUCCUCAGAGAAGAAGAGAAAAGAGGAGGAGCAGAUCUCGCAGCUGGUCUCCCAGGAACCGAAGAAGUAGGAGCAGGUCUCCCUCUUUUAGGCGUUCAGGUGAAUUUAGCAGUGGCAAUAGGAGACUGGAAAAGGGCCAGUUGCCAGAAUGUUUUGACUUCCUCAGGGGUAGGUGCUACCGUGGAGCAUCCUGUCGUUAUAUGCACCAUGAUUCUGAGAAAAGAGAUGGAUCAAGGAAUCACAAGAGCAAGCAACAAAAAGUUCAACUUCCUUCCAGUUCAAAGAAUUGCAAUACUCUUGAAGGUAACAAGAAUUUCUCACUGAAGGUAUCUGAUCAUGGGCAGGAAAUCAUGGACCAUGAAAUGAGGAGCAAUCAUGAUAUGUUUGCUAGCAGCAUUUGUGCUGCAAAAGAUAACAGUAUCGUUCAUAAUGGAGAAGAUUCUGUUGGUGAUGCAUUAGUUGAUUCUGAAAUAAUAAAAUCUGACAGUUUUAAAGAGGUUGCUGCUGAAGUGCCAAAAACCAGAGCAGUUGAAGAAAGAUCCGAAGAUGGUACAACUUGUGUAAAUGAGAAUUUUCAGUUGGAGUCUGACCGACCAAUGGUUGUUGAUAGUUUUCCUUCUAGUUCUAGUCCUGCAAGUGAUGCUUAUAUCCUGAAGUCACAUGGUGAAGCUCCUCAGGAUGUAAUCUCUUCUUUGAAGGAUUCUGUGAUUCAACAAUCUCAAUCUGUUCAGUCAGAUCUGGGGCUCGAAGAUGCUGACAACCAUGCCCAACAAACUGAUGAUUCUUCUAUAUCUGAUACAUUACCAGAUAAAACAUCUAGAACUUCUCCAAAGAAACUUCAUGUUGCAGAAACUCUUCCAAAUUCAGCAGAUUCUGCACAUAAUCCUUCUCGGAUGGCCCUUUUUCCUCCCUCGGCUCCAGAAGGUAAUAAUGCUCCGCAUAUGGCACAGCUAUCAAGGGAUUACAAGUUGAUGCCACAGACUGCAGCAUUUCAAUCUCAAUCUGCUCCAGAAAAUUUUCCCUCUUAUAUGUUGCCCAAUCAAAAUUCUCUUUUUUCUCUACCAUCAAAUUCCUCUUCUGCCAUGGUGCCACUGACACCACCUCCGCUACUGCCACCACCACCACCACUAUUACCUCCACAUGGUCCAGUUGGAAAUGCAGGUUCUGCAAAACCGAGUGUUACUUUGCAAUUUCAGCAGAAUUCCAUACCUCCAACGGGGGACUUUGGUUCUCAAAUGUUCUUGAGACCUCACUCAACUGAAUUCUCUGGUAAUUCUCAGGUUGGUGAGUUCCAGCAUCGAGCCUACCCUCCAUUGCAGGAGCCACAUCAACCUCACUUACAUUUGGAAGGUUUUAGGUUGAAGCCUCUACCUGGAUGCCCCCCGUCCAGUCAACAGUUUGGAGGUACUUUGCCUUUUUCACAAGAAGGAUCUGCAAACAAAAUGCAAUCUUUGUCUGGUGAUAACUUAGCUCCAGGAGAGAUUUUGAAGUCUUCUACCCAGAUUCAUCCAUACUUGCAGUGGCAACAGGCACCCUACAGUUUGCAUCAAUCUGUGCCUGAUAAUGUCUAUAGUUUGCCUGGGAAAUUCAGUUCUUCAACUAGAUAUCCACCAGAUCUUCAAGACAAAAGUCAGCCAUCGCAUUUCAGAGUAUUAAGUAAUUCUUCUCACUUUAAUCCUUAUGCAUCUACUUUUGAGAAGCCAUUGAGCUCCAGAUUCAGUUCUGAUGUCUUCAGGCAAGAAAAAGACACAACCUAUGGUAGCAAGCAUGAUACUCAUUUAGCUUUGAGUCAUGCUUCACUUGAUGGACAGAGUGUCGAACCAAAAGUGGCAACUUCACCAACUUCUUUUAAUGGUGUCGGGAAAAUGAUUCCCAUGUCAGGUGGCAACCAGUAUGAUCCACUCUUUGACAGCAUUGAGCCAUCUUCAAACUCAUAUAAGAAAUCAGGUCAUAUUCAGAAUUGGGAACCCUCUGGUGGCUCUGACAUUGUUUUGAGGCUCAAAGGCGCAAACCAACCAUUGGAUGUGGAAGAGAACAACAAGAAGAAAGAGGUUGAUGGCAUUGCGCUUGUUACAUCUAUUGAUACUGAGGAAUUUGGUGAGACAGCAGAUUUAGAAGUUGGCAAUGUUGAAAAUGGCAGCCAGAGUAAUCCCAAUGCUUUAACAAACACAAAUAUGGGUGAAAUGGAGAUUGAUCAGAUUAAGUCCCCAGGGAAGAACAAGAGGAGCAAGGAGUCCAGAUCAAUGAAGCUUUUCAAAGCUAGUCUUGCAGAUUUUGUAAAGGAGGUUUUAAAGCCAUCAUGGCGACAAGGUAACAUGAGCAAGGAAACAUUUAAGACUGUUGUGAAGAAGACUGUUGAUAAAGUGUCAGAAGCAAUGAAGAGCCACCAGAUACCCAAGUCUAAGGCAAAGAUAAAUCAUUACAUUGACUCUUCACAGCGGAAAUUAACAAAACUUGUGAUGGGUUAUGUGGAUAAAUAUGCCAAAGGGUAAAAGUUGAUGUUCUGUUGAUGACUUUGACUGGAUAUACUUCCUCAUUUUUGGGACUUCUGUGCCAUUGGAGCUGCAGAACUUGAUUGUAUGGCAGAACCAUGGACAACUGAGGAUAGAUUGAAAAACUUUCAGGUGGCAUUAGUAGAUUGCUGGUAUCUUGUACGUGCUAGCACAAAUAUGGAUCCAUGGCAAGAUAAAUUUGUUGAUGGAUUAUUUCCCAAUCUCUGCGAACGUUCUGAGGGAGCUCCAAAAUGUGUAUGUAAUGUGCAUCCUUAAACAUAAAUGCGUGCUUUAACUAUUCUGUUUCUGUAGUAUUCUCAUUGUAAAUCACCUGAUAUUUAUGAUCACAUCUCAUGACAGAGUGGGUAUUUGAUUUUUAA